AUGUCCGAGUGUUGGCUAAUAGCGUGUACAACUCGUGAUGUUAACGAUCGCGAAGAAUUAUACGCUUUACUAAAAAAACAGCUGAUGAAAAGUAAUACCGUUCAAGAUGUAGGAGUUUUUGAGAUACCAAUGGAUUUAAGAUUUUCAGCAUUUGAUGAUUUGUUGCUAUGUGCAGACAAUUUGGAAAAGGAGGAUCAACUUGUAGAAAAUGCCUUAAAAAAGGCACGCCAAUUGGCCUUGGAUAUAAACCCGAAUAUGGUAUUUAAAAUAAACGCUGGUGGUAGACAAUGGUCAGUAUUACACUAUUUAAGCAAAUUUACAUGGGAUGAUCGCAAAUUUCCUAAAUAUGUACCACUAAAUGAAAACUUAAAGACUCUUUCACAGUUAGUCCAGAAACUUGUCGAUGAUAUAACUCUAAAGGCUAUUGCGUAUUCGGAUUUAAAACACAAGAAACAACUGAUGAACUCAAAUAUGGAAACCGCAACUAUAUACAGAGAUCUGAUCUAUGUAAUAACUCCCGACGUUGUAGAAGAUCCAAAUGAUUUUAUGGAAACUGAGCACUUGACCACAGUUAUAGUUUUCGUGCCUUUCGGAGCUGAGGAGGAAUUCUUGAGGGUCUAUAUGUCCCUAGCAACUAACAUCGUCCCUAACUGUGCAAAAAAUAUAAAUAUCAAGUGCAAAAGUUACUCUCUAUGGCGUGUUAUAAUCUUCAAAUCCAGUGUGAAUACAUUUGUUGAGGGGUGUAAAUCAAACAACUUUAUGGCUCAGCAGUUUACUUAUUCGCCUGAGCGCUAUAAUAUUUUACUAAAUGAGCAAUCAAAACUUGAGGCUGAUACACAACGACAUCAAGCUCUACUAUCUAGGAUUUAUGACAUUGCACAUUCUGACAUUUUUACGUGCUGGAUACACCUCAAGGCUAUGAGAAUAUUCUGCGAAAGUGUACUACGGUUCGGGCUCCCUAUAAGAUUUGCCUGUUUUUAUCUGUUUCCACUAAAUUCCACGAAAUCAAAUCAGAUCCAUAAAAUUUUGACGGAUAUGCUUCCGCAAUACUCAAACUACGCCAAAAGUGGUAAGACUCUUCAUGUGUAUAAAUCUGUGACAUUUCAUGUGUUCCUUAUACACUAUUCUUUAGGCAAAGGAGAUCAUUCAAAUAAGGACGCAGGAAUACAGGAUGAUUCGUACUUUCCAUAUGUCCACUUCAGCCUAAAUGUAGGGUGA